GCGAGUGUGCAACAUCCUCCGCCGAGAGAAAUCAUGUCUCAUCAGACGGGCAUUCAGGCUGCUGACGAGGUAAAGGAUGUGUUCGGCAACGCCAGAAACGGACAAUACAGACUGCUGAAGAUCGUCAUCGAAAACGAGGAGCUGGUGUUAGGCCUCACCAAGCCGGCGAGCCGCAGCUGGGAGGAGGAUUAUGACGCUCUUCUACUUCCUGUGCUGGAGCAGGAUCUGCCGUGCUACAUCCUGUUCCGCCUGGACUCCAGCAACAGCCUGGGCCACGAGUGGAUCUUCAUCGCCUGGUCACCUGACCACUCACCUGUGAGACACCCGCCAAUCAGAGCAGUGCAGGUGAACACAGACAUCCAUGUGAACACUACUAAGCAGACUCUUCAGGGUGUUGCGUUUCCCCUGGACGGCGAGGCGAUGAACGCUUUACAGAAGUUUAAGGACAAGAAGCUCAGCUACGUGCAGCUGAUGAUCAACUUCGAGAAGGAGCUGAUCGUGUUGUCCAGCACCGAAUCCACAGAGGUCAAAGAUCUGCCCAAGAGGAUCCCCAAAGACGCGGCGCGCUACCAUUUCUUCCGCUUUAAACACUCUCACGAGGGAGAUUACCUGGAGUCUGCAGUGUUCAUCUACUCUAUGCCGGGCUACAGCUGUGGGAUCCGCGAGCGAAUGCUUUACUCCAGCUGUAAAAACCCUCUGCUGGACAUGGUGGAGAGCAAACUGCAGAUGGAAGUGGAGAAGAAGAUGGAGAUUGAUAACGGCGAGGAUCUGACGGCUGAUUUUCUGUAUGACGAGGUUCACCCGAAGCAGCACGCGCACAAGCAGGCGUUUGCGAAGCCACGCGGGCCGCAGGGGCGUCGGGGAGAGCGCAGGAUCACACGCCGACCCGGAGACGGACAGCAGGACGACGACUAGCGCUAGCGUUAGCAUCAGCUAUGCACAUCCAUCAUCAUCAAAACUGUGCCAAACCAGAACUCACACAACCGCCAUUCCUUCAGUUCCUCACCUUUAUAUUUUAUACGAUCACGAGGGAAACUUUCCGAUUUAGUUUUAUUUCGUUUUUUACGCCUUUGUUUUGAUACGAUCGUGUUUUUGUUCAGUUUUUCCUAUGCAAACGACUGAUUUCCUUUGGCAUGUUUUUAUAAUUUACGUCUGAAAGGGACGAUUGAUGGAUGAAUAUUUAGGUCAUGUUCUGGGGUCAGAGGUCACAAAAUCUACUGUCAUUUGGCAAACCACUGUUUGAGUCUGACAUGUAGCCUGUGUGUGAGAGUGUGUGUGUGUUUGUGAGAGAGAGAGUGUGUGUGUGUGUGUGUGUGAACAGAAAUGCUCAUGUUUUGUUGUUUUUUUAAAGAAAAAUAAACUAUUUAAAUGGUU